AUGCGGGACCCGCUGACAAAGAGAUCCAGGGGCUUCGGGUUCGUCACGUUCAUGGACCAGGCUGGCGUCGACAAGGUCCUGGCCCAAUCCAGACAUGAACUGGACUCCAAGACGAUUGACCCGAAGGUAGCGUUCCCCCGCCGAGCACAGCCCAAGAUGGUGACCCGAACAAAGAAGAUAUUUGUGGGUGGUCUGUCCGUGAACACUACUGUGGAGGAUGUGAAACAGUACUUUGAGCAAUUUGGGAAGGUGGACGAUGCGAUGCUGAUGUUUGACAAGACAACCAACCGACACCGAGGUUUUGGGUUUGUCACAUUUGAAAGUGAAGACAUUGUCGAAAAAGUGUGUGAAAUCCACUUCCAUGAGAUCAACAACAAAAUGGUGGAGUGUAAAAAAGCCCAGCCGAAGGAGGUGAUGUCCCCAACGGGCUCGGCACGAGGGCGGUCCCGAGUCAUGCCUUACGGGAUGGAUGCCUUCAUGCUGGGGAUCGGCAUGCUGGGUUAUCCAGGCUUCCAAGCUGCCACCUACGCAAGUCGGAGUUACACUGGCAUUGCACCUGGCUACACUUACCAGUUCCCUGAGUUCCGUGUAGAGCGGACCCCUCUCCCGAGUGCCCCCGUCCUCCCUGAGCUCACAGCAAUCCCCCUCACUGCGUAUGGACCGAUGGCGGCAGCGGCGGCCGCGGCAGCCGCGGUGCGAGNUGUAGGUUCCACCCCCAGCCGCACCGGUGGAUUUCUGGGCACCACCAGCCCAGGGCCGAUGGCAGAGCUUUAUGGAGCCGCCAACCAGGACUCAGGGGUCAGCAGUUACAUCAGCGCUGCCAGCCCGGCCCCGAGCACCGGCUUUGGCCACAGCCUAGGGGGUCCCUUGAUUGCAACAGCUUUUACCAAUGGGUAUCACUGAAGCUGGGGACCAAGGAGGCAGGAGGUAAGAGAGCUUUGAACAGGAAGGAGUAAUGAGUGAAGUUCUGAGCUGGAGUUUGUGCUUGGGCUCUGGUCAGGAGCUGU